AUGGAGAGCAAGGAGUCAUUGAUUGGAACUACUCUGCCGAUGGCUGUUAGAGACAACAUCCAGUCGUCUCUAGGGGCUGAAUUCGAGGUGUUCUUAAAUUUUAGAGGGCCUGACACUCGUCUGAAUUUUGCCGAUUGCCUCUAUCACUCUAUGGACGGAGCUGGGAUUCGCGUUUUCAGAGACAAUGAAGAGAUUAGAAAAGGCGAAGAAAUCAAUGACAAACUGGAGCUCACAAUCAAGAGCUCCGCAAUCUGUAUGCCCAUCUUUUCUAGAAAUUAUGCAUCGAGUGCAUGGUGCCUUCGUGAGCUUGCAUACAUGAUGGAUUGCUCAAGAAACAGAGUUGGCAAAGCAAUGAUCUUGCCGAUUUUCUUUGAUGUGGAUCCUGAAGAUGUCAAGCUCAAAACUAGAUUAUACCAAGACGCUUUGCAGAGGCAUGAGGAGAAGUUUGGCUACGAUGAAGUGCAGCGAUGGAAGGAGGCUAUGAGGGAGGUCGCUCAAAUCAAAGGAUGGGAUCUCAAAUAUAAAGGGUAA